GGGGCACCGCCAACCCAGCAUAAAUAAGCAGCGGCAAUUUCCCGAGUUCCGCCCGCUUUCCUCUUGGACACGCAGUUUACAUUUAAAAACCUCGUCAUCGCACCGAUAUGUCAACAUCUACUGACACAAUGAACGGAGACGUCGAUUAUGGGUGUGAUAUCCAGAAAGUAGAAUCUCUGGCAAAGCGCCUAGCCACCCAUGACUGGGAAUACGCGGCCUGCGCUGAAGCUCUGUUGGAACUCCACCACCCCUCGUUGUCCGUUUUCAGCCCGCAUUGCUUCCCAAAUGGCCGGCUACCGGAGCUGUCGUCACCCGGAGAUAUAUCAGCCCUACAGUAUGUCAAAGAUCGCAUACAGCUGGGGGCCGACAACCUCUCCAACGACGAUUGGGGCGUCGCAGAUCCCGCGGCUCUGGGCGUGAGCGCCCUGCUCCUCGGCCAAUGCUCCGGAUUGCCGAACUCGGAAGAAUUCCGCGAUGCUUCUCGGCGUCAAGCGGAAUACCUGUUGAAGAAGGCACCGCUCUGGGCGAAUGCUGCAAUAAGUCACCGGAAGAAAGUGGUGGAGCUUUGGGCGGACUUCAUAUAUAUGGUCCCGCCAUUCCUCGCAUAUUAUGCCGUCGCCACGCAAGAUACGUUCUACUUGAAGCAUUCUUUCGGCCAGUGCUCCCUCUACCGCGCCAUCCUGCUCGACAGCUCCGAGAGCGCUGGCCGUGUUGGCGGCCUGUGGCAGCACAUCGUUGGAUCGGAAAAGUCUGACCCCGGAUUUUGGAGCACCGGCAAUGGAUGGGUAGCUGCAGGGUUGUGUCGCGUUCUAGCGACAGUCAAGCACUGGAAGCCUGUCGACUUCGAUGUUGACACGACCAUAUCCAAAUUGGGCAAGUGGAUCAACGAUAUCAUACGGGCCGCUAUGGCGACGGAUGACCACGAGAGCGGGCUGUUGAGGAACUAUCUCAACGACGACUCAUGGUUUGGCGAAAUUUCAGGCACGGCCUUGUUGGCGAGCGUCGUGUUUAGGAUGGCGGUGCUUCUCCCAGAUGAGGCUAGAGGGGGUGAUCUGAAGUGGGCGAUGGAAAAAAGGGAGGCGGUUCUUAGAUCCGUCGAUGAGGAGGGGAUCGCAAAGCCAGCGGUGCAACCACUCGAUCAUGGUCUGAGAGAGCCAUUGAUGACAGGGAGUCCGGAGGGACAGAGCUUUGUGUUGAUGAUGUGCGCAGCGCAUAGGGAUUACUGCAUUCAGAAGCAGAAUAAGGACCAAACACCAUUGUUGACAGUUAGAUAGGUGAUGAUGAUAGUAUUUCUCUCAUUAAGGUAUCUUCAGG